AUGGUGUUCUGCUCAAAGUGCGAGUUCGAAGGGACGAUUGAAUUCGUCGAAGCGCACAUCGCUAUCGCUCACCGAGAGAGCAAAGCCUAUAUACAUCCGAUGGCGGUUAGGCCGAUGGACGUUACGAAGACGGCUGCUCCCUCCUGCGCUCCCUCCUUCCCCUCGAAGACAGCUCCUACCCCCGGCCCUUCCUCCUUCCAUCUCACGACUCCGGCCGAGCAAAUCGUCCUGCCUCCUUGCUCUUCGAUAUUUGACCCCGCGCUGUGGUGCCCACCGCCUCCUGGACCCGUGGCGCCGGUUGCUCCGAUCAGGAAGUUGAGCUGCGACGCAGCGAGCCGCGAGUUCCGCGAGAUCCUUGUUCGUUUGUUCCCGUCAAUUUUCGCGCACGGGGGUCAGGAGGAUCCCGCCUACGGACCAGGCCAGAACGCGUCUCACUACCGGACGCACACCGGCGCUUGA